UAUUAUCGACCCCACCAAGCGCCAUCAAGCGACAUCACAGCUAAAGACCGGUACAGGAAUUGAAAGAGAAAAGGCAGUGUGCCGUCAGAAAGGAAGAAUAUUCUCUACAAGACUGUCUCCGCAAGAUGUCGAACCAAGCAAAGCAUGACUGGGCCGACGAUGAGGAGGUCGACGAGGUCGCCGCCGACCUGCCGCCACCGCAGAAGAUCACCAACAAGGACGGCAGCACGACGAUGAUCGAGUACCACAUCGACGACAAUGGCCAGAAGGUCAAGACGACGCGGCGGAUCCGGCUGAUCAAGCACCGCGAGGUGGUGAACCCGCGGGUGGCGGAGCGCAAGACGUGGAGCAAGUUCGGCGAGUCGGCCAAGGACGGGGCCGGACCCGCGGGCGACACGACGUCGGUGGGCGAGAACAUCAUCUUCAAGCCGUCGACGACGUGGCGCAAGGACGCAAAGGACGAGUCCAAGGACCCCAACGCCCUCGCCAUGAAGGACAAGCUCAAGGACAAGAAGGUCAAGUGCCGCAUCUGCAACGGCGAGCACUUCACCACCCGCUGCCCCUACAAGGACACCAUGACCCCGAUCGGCGAGACCACCGGCGGGCCCGGCUCCGCCGCCGGCGACGUCGGCGACGAGGCCUCCGCUGCUGCGGCCGCCGUGGGCACCGCCGGUGCCGGGAAGAAGGGCAGCUACGUCCCGCCUGCGCUCAGGGGCGACCGCGCCGGCGCGGGCGAGAGGAUGGGUGGCAAGUAUGGCGAGCGGGACGAUUUGGCGACACUGCGGGUUACGAAUGUCUCGGAAAUGGCAGAGGAAUCGGAGCUGCGCGAUAUGUUCGAGCGCUUCGGCCGCGUCACUCGGGUGUUCCUUGCGAAGGACAGGGAUACUGGUCUUGCAAAGGGCUUCGCGUUCAUCAGUUUCGCCGACCGGGACGAUGCCGUCAAGGCGUGUGACAAGAUGGACGGCUGGGGCUUCAAGCAUCUCAUCCUCAGAGUCGAGUUCGCGAAGAAGGCUGCGUAGGUCUCCGCCAGGAAAAGGGCUUGACGCUUUGUGGCAUGAAUGUACUUUCCAUCGUAGGGAGAUUGAUCAUAGGAUGGAUGGGGAUGGCAAAAGGGUAGAAUGGAAAAGGCCACGGUUUUUCGUUUUGCAACUGCUGUCAUCAUGGUGACCAUGGUGACCACUAUCUCGACGAUUACCGUGCUGUUCAAGGGACAGCUGGUGCUCUUCCCGGCAAGUGGAAGUUGGCUUUUUCCAAGUACAUGCUCGUGGCAGCUCGUCUUAUUCUGGAUUACUAUCUUGCUGUAUAGUGCCUCCUUUGCAAGCCCACAACUCUUCCAGUGGGUAUCUUUGCAGGACACCUUCCUCCCCGUUCCAACAGAACCCAGUCAGACACGAGAGAGGGGGAAAGGCCGAAUUAGAGGCCAACCCGAUGCUCCACCCUUUUUCCUGACCCAAUGCAACUGCUAAACUUUAGAGGCUAGAAUGCAAUCCGAACG